AUGGCGCACGAACAGACCUCUUACCGUGCCUGGCGGAUCACCCAGCCCGGCAAUAUUAAUGACAAUCUCGAGCUCAUCACCACGCCUCGUCCCUCCGCAGACUCCCUAGGGAAGAGGGAGCUCCUUGUCAAAGUCAUCUCGGCCGGCAUCAACAAAGCCGACUGGUGGCCAGUCGAGCUCGGCGGCGUCUCCCGAAUCAUGGGCUCCUACCCGAGAUCACCAGGUCUGGACUUUAGUGGCCGCGUCGUCGCCGUCGGCCGCAAAGUCACCGACAUCAGCCCGGGCGACAACGUGUUUGGCCGCAUGAAUCCCAUAAAGCCCGGAUCGCUCGCCGAGUAUGUGGUGGCCUCCUACGACGGCGUCGCCGUGCUGCCGAACGGUGUCUCCCUGCGACAAGCUGGCGCCGCUGGUACGGCUUCUCUCGCCGCCUACCAGAGCAUCGCGCCUUACAUCGAGGCUGGGGACAAAAUCUUCAUCAAUGGUGGAUCUGGUGGUGUCGGCACGUUUGCAAUCCAAGUGGCCAAGGCCCUCGGAUGCCACGUUACCGUAACCUGUUCAACGAACAAGGUUGACUUGUGUCGGCAUCUCGGCGCCGACGAAGUCAUCGACUAUAAGACGGUCGACGUGAUGGACGCGCUGCGCCAGAAGGGCAGGGUGUUCGCCCACGUCGUGGACAACGUCGUUGGAUCGCCGCAUGACUUGUUCCACCCUGGCUGCAACGAGAUCAUGCUGCCUGGCCGGAAGCGGUGUUACGUCUCUGUUGGAGGCGGGAUGAACGUGGACACCUGGGCCCAUACAACUGUCGGCAACUCAUUUCUGCCGUUCCUCGGUGGCUCGAAGCACAAGUGGAAGCCACUGCUGAUGGAGAACUCGCACGAGGACCUCGCGCAGAUAGCGCGGUGGAUGGGCGAGGGCAAGUUGAAGACGGUCAUUGAUUCUACCUUUGCUUUCGAGGAGGUUUCGGAAGCCUUCAGCAGGCUGAAGAAGGGCUCCAUGGCGGGCAAGGUGGUGGUCAACGUAGAGUCAGAUGGAGCGGCAGGAGUAGAGAAGGAGUAG